GUUCACAACCUCAUCUUCAUUUGAAGACACUCGAACAACUGUACUCGCUAUUCUGGAAGAUGAUCACGCUCGUAUGGUAACAUUACAUUCGCACGACUCUCACAUUCCCGGCUAUCGCGCGCACUCUUGAACGGGAUGAAGUCUAACAUCCCGUUGCAAGUUCGGAGGCCUCGACAAUGCACUUCAGCACGGUGCUGAUGUAGCCUUCGCCAGUAAUUAGAACUUCCCCGGGACACUUAAAGAUGGGCCGGCUCCAACAUCUUGAAAGACUCGCCCUUGGGCGCUCGGCCUUUCAAGAGCUGCCGAAGAAUGGAGAGGCUACCACCACGGGGGCCAUUGAAGCCGGCGACCUUACUCGCAGCAGCAGGCAAUUCGAUAGCAAGGGCCGCCCCGUCAAUGCGGCCACCGAAGAGUACAAUCGAGAGAUGCGCAAUGCACAGAAUGCCGCGCUUGCACUUGUGGGCGUCGUGGAGAGCAAGGAGAGCGCCGACAAGGAACUGGACGAGCGCCACCGGCAGAUGCGGGAGAAGCGAUCCAAACUGUUGCAAGCGGAGCAGCUCUGUGGAGAGGACUUUGAAACGGUUUCGACGUUACUAAACGCCAUCCUCACCUGGUGGUCCGGGAACCUCGUCUCGAGGGUGCAGGUCGGCAUGUUCGUCGCCUCCCUUUCUUUUGCGGAUCUCGUCCUUCGGGACCUAGGGCCUGUUAUGGAUGCGGGAGGCUCUGGAAGGGUCAAUGCAUUGCUCUCCGCUUUGACUCAAGGCUUGCCUGCCUGGCUGGCGUACUACGUCUUAAGGCUGCUGUUAUCUGCCGCUGUCGGAGAGUGCGCCGGUCGACUACAGACGACAUCCAUCCGGCGCCUAUCUCCAAAAGCGGUGAAACCGGUCAACGAACUCAUAAUUCUGGCCGGCGACCUUAGCCUUGUAGCCGUGGACGUCGCCUUGCUACCAUUGCAAUUCUUCGCCUUCUCCCAAAGCUUGGGUCUGGCCCCUUCCUGGCCAAUACUACCGCCCUGGCAACUUCUUCUCCCUUGGACCUCUCAGUCGGCGCAUCACAUAAUCUGGCGUCAGACGACUAGCAAGUGGGGCUUGAGAUUAUUCUCCUCGCCGGCAGCACUCAUGCUGAUCAAAAACUUCAUCGAGCGCGACCAACUGGACGGCUUCCCCAUUGCAAGUCACUUUACACACUUCGAAUACCCUUCGAUCAACGCAUCAUCCGCAAUGAUCUUCUAUUCGACAGAGUCCUAUAGCGAUCCUGUGGCUGCGCUUUUUCACAAAGCCUACCUCAUGCGGCGAAAAGUACUCGCCUGGCUCGGGUGGAACUUGGAAGCCGCGCCUACUUUUCCCAACGACCUCGAAUUCAACCGUGUCAUCCAGGACACCGAGCCAGAUUGGAUCGAAUCAAUAGAAGAGAACAAAGAGCAGCGUAGGUGGCGCUCAACCUCUCUCGCCCACCGACCGGCUCAGUACCUCGGCGAUAAAGUCGACCGCUUCUUCACCCGACUCCUCAUGCUGCCUCUGGAAAGCACAGUCUUACGAGCCGCAGCACAAGUCUACCUCUCCUCUGGUCUACCUCGAACAGCACUCGCCCUCUCCGUCGCACCUUAUACGUACCUGCCCUUUGGCGGUGGUCCGUUUGGCUCGGCGUUCUGGACAGUUGGUAGGACGUCGGGAGCGGCGUGGCGGCACGCGGGACGAUACGUGAACCAGCUGGGAUUGAGUCUGGCGACGAACUGCGUGGCGGAGAUUGGAGUGUUUUUCAUCUUGUAUCGCUUGGCUCGGUGGCAAGGACGGCGUCACUAUGGCUGGGGUGCUCUUGAGAUGCCCACUGCCGCACCGAAAGAUGAUGAGGCUGGGGAUCUUUCAGAUGGAGCCGACGAGCUCGUAUUUGCUACCGAGGGCAUUACUGUGCGGGAGCUUGCAGCUCAGCGUGAGGAGCAUGUUUAGAACCAGGCAUGAUGGCUAUGUGGUAUUUGGACCAGCGUAG